AAUGGGCGGGAGAGAAUGAGGCGAGUCCUGCUUCCUUUUCUUUCUGCCAGCACCAUCUCAGCUCAUUUUCUCUAAGCAAUUCAACUUCACGGACAGCUACCUAGCCAGCCCGACGCUCCCAUUAUGGAUCUACCAGGCUGUGUGCCGCCGCCCUGUGAGGACGCCUCAUUGCCCUGCCCGGAGGAGGAGGACUCGGAUCUAGUCCCAAGCCGGCUGCCAAGGAGAGAGCGCAGGGGAGGAACUAGGCGCAGCCUCCCCUCCCUACCCCCUUGCUCCCUGAUGCCGGCGCCGAGCGGGAGCGGCUGCUGGCCCCUGCCGAAGAUGCCGGGGCUAGGGCGGCGGGGGGCGCUGCCGGAGCCCGCGGGCUGCUGCUCCUGCCUGGCGGCGGCGCUGGCCCUGCUGCUGCUGCUGCUGCCGGCCGGCUGCCCGGUGCGUGCGCAGAACGACACAGAGCCCAUCGUGCUGGAGGGCAAGUGCCUGGUGGUUUGCGACUCCAGCCCGUCGGCGGACGGGGCCAUCACCUCCUCCUUGGGGAUCUCGGUGCGCUCGGGCAGCGCCAAGGUGGCCUUCUCGGCCACCAGGAGCACCAACCACGAGCCGUCGGAGAUGAGCAACCGCACCAUGACCAUCUACUUCGACCAGGUAUUAGUUAAUAUUGGCAACCAUUUUGAUCUUGCGUCCAGUAUAUUUGUAGCACCAAGAAAAGGGAUUUAUAGUUUCAGUUUCCACGUGGUCAAGGUCUAUAACAGACAGACUAUCCAGGUAAGUUUAAUGCAAAACGGCUACCCAGUGAUUUCAGCUUUUGCAGGGGAUCAGGAUGUCACCAGAGAAGCAGCCAGCAAUGGAGUCUUGCUCCACAUGGAGAGAGAAGACAAAGUGCAUCUCAAACUGGAAAGGGGUAACCUCAUGGGAGGGUGGAAAUACUCAACCUUUUCUGGCUUCUUAGUCUUUCCACUAUAAAGGAAGACCAAAUAGGAGCCAGAUUCUUGAGCUGAAACAAGGAUUGAGUCGUUAAUGACACACUGAACUUGGCAGAACAUGAUAAUAUUUCCAACCACGCAGUCAGACUGUCAUGGUAGAAGAAUGAUAACCUUCUAAACUCCAAUAUUUACUUUGAAUAUUGACAAUUCCUCCGGAAACCUGCUCCUCUAAUUAGUUUUAGACGACAGUGAUCUUUAGGAGAAAUGAAAUUAUCGACCUGAGCAAUUUGUACCUGUGAUUGUAAAGUCAAUUUCGGAUUUUAUUGUUGGGAUCAUUGACUUUUUUUCUUUCUUUCUUUCUUUCUGUUGUUGUUGUCCUGAUGAGACAAGUAAUUUGGACCACACAAUCACUUGUCAAAGGCUCACUCCAGACCCAGAGGAAUUCACCAUCUGAUGAAGUGUUCUUUCAAUGAUUUUUUCUUUGUGUUGUAUAGCUUUAAGGAAAAAAAAAGAGAAAAAAAUGGCUUCAGUCUCAGUCCUGUAUUUCUUGGGGAGGGGGAAUUCUGGACAUUAUUGUGUCAAGAAGUGCUUUAUCCAGUGAAGCAAACUUUGCACGAUUGGAACUUACUUUGUUUUGUGUUUAUAUUUUUCAUCAACAACUUAUUUUUGUUUUCUGAUUUUUUGUGCUAAAAAUUGUAAGCUAGAUUGAUCAAUAAGACAAAACAAAGCACAUAUAUACUUUGUAGCUCCAAGUAAAAUUAACCAAUGAACAAUUCUAUCUGCACUUUUCAAAUGAUCUUUACAGAUGCAUUUAGAGAAGGAGCUAUGUGAUCCUUGACUUAUAACCUCAAAUCCUUAAAGAAACUGACGUUUCUGAAUUAUCCUGACAUUUCUAGAAGAAACAGUAGAGGCUUUGAAUAUCUUAUCUGACCAUACCCUAAAACAUAUCAUUUAUUUGCAUUACUGAGUGUAUUUUGGUGUUUUUAUCUGAUAUGUAGUUAUUAUAUGUGUUCAUUAAUGCUUGAAUACAGUUUAUGGGAACACUGAAAGAUGACAGAUCAAACUCCUUCCUCUCCAAGUUAAAUAAAAGAAGAUCCCUGUUUUCCC